AUGAAUAAUGUAGAAAAAUUAUAAUCAACACCAGUGAAUCUUAAGAAUGGAUUGACUUGUCCCCAGGCUCUGUAUAUGAAAGAACAAUCUCACAAUCUCAUAGAGACAAGAGGAGAAGAGAUCUAGAGAGAUGGCACCAGAGAAGGAGAUGGGAAACAUAGGUGAAGCAUACCCGAUGAAGAGUGGCGAUGGUCUUCAUAGCUACUCCAACAACUCUUACUUCCAGAGAGAUAUUAUAAACGCUGCCAUGCAAAUUGUCGGUGAGGCAAUUGUGGAAAGCCUAGACAUCCUCAAAUUUUCUCCUUCAACCACCAUUAGGGUGGCUGAUCUGGGUUGUUCAUUUGGGCCUAACACCUUCUUCGCAAUGGAAAACAUACUAGAAGCUAUUGAGCUCAAGUGCCAAAACCAAGGGCUCGAUUCUCAAAUCCCUGAAUUCCAAGUCUUCUUCAAUGAUCAGACCUCCAAUGACUUCAACAGUCUCUUCUCAUCCCUCCCUCCCAAUAGGCGAUAUCAUUCGACUGGGGUUCCGGGUUCUUUCUACUCUCGCCUGUUUCCCAAUCACUCUCUUCAUAUUGUCCAUUCAUCCUUCUCCAUUCAGUGGCUUUCAAGAGUGCCGAAGAAGGUGGUGGACAGAAGUUCUCCCGCCUGGAACAAAGGAAGGAUCUUUUACGCAAGUGCUGCGGAUGAAGUUGUCGAGGCCUAUUCAGCUCAGUGUGCAGAGGACAUGGCACGGUUUUUGCAGGCGAGGGCACAAGAGAUUGCAGAUGGUGGGUUGAUGAUUCUAAUCUUUCCAGCCCGCCUCGAUGAAAUUCCGCAUUCUCAAUUCAGUAACAAUAUAUUGUUCGACAUGUUGGGAUGUUGCCUCAUGGACAUGGCCCAAAAGGGAAUAGUAAGCGAAGAGAAAGUGGACAUGUUUAACUUGCCACUGUAUUUCAUUUCCGUCCAAGAGCUGGAAGCGAUUAUAGAGAGAAACGGAUGUUUCAGCAUUGAGAAAAUGGAGAUCCUACAUCCCACCAUAACUGCACAAUCGCUUAUAAGCACUCCUCAUAAAGGCCAAGCGAUCUCGUCCCACAUACGAGCUGCCACGGAGGGACUCAUCAAGGCACAUUUUGGAGAGGAGAUCCUGGAUCAACUCUUUGACUCAUAUUCUAGAAAAGUCGAAGACGAGUAUUCUCUGAUCGUGUCUGCGAAAACAGUAAACUACUGUGCUGUGCUUAAACGCAAAGCUAUGAAUUAGGAAUUGCUUAUUUGGGUACUGAUCGAUGGAGCUUAAUUAGCAUCUCCUGCUUUGGUUUUAUUGUUGAGAAUUUGCUUCGUAACAACCCCACAUGCAGAGAAUAGACUCUUGUCUUGGGUUUCCAACCCUUCUUCUAAUUUGUGUCAAAUUCUUGUCUUAUAUGUAUGUCAUGGCAUCUGUUUGAUAAAGUAUUAGCCCUAGACUGCCUUUCAAA